AUGAAGAUCAAAAUCGAAAAACAGAGUCUUUUCAUCAUCUUAAUUUCAGGGUUCUUGUUAUGGAAUCGGGUCGAGUCGAUCGGGUUCGAUCUGGAAUCUGGGCACACCAAAUGCAUAACGGAAGACAUAAAGAGUAAUUCCAUGACCGUUGGAAAGUAUCACGUUGUUAACCCUAAUGAUGGCCACCCUUUGCCUGACUCUCAUAAAAUCACUGUCCGGGUGACAUCGGCGUAUGGGAAUAGCUAUCACUACUCAGACCACGUGACGGAGGGGCAUUUUGCAUUUCAAGCUGCGGAGGAAAGUGAUUACAUGGCUUGCUUUUUCGCAGAUGAUCACAAACCUUCCACUACUAUUGCAGUUGAUUUUGAUUGGAAGUCUGGUAUUGCUGCCAAGGAUUGGGCGAACAUCGCCAAAAAAGGUUCUGUUGAUGUGAUGGAAUUAGAACUGAAAAAAAUGUUUGAUACUGUGCAAUCAAUCCACGAGGAGAUGUUUUAUCUUCGUGAAAGGGAAGAAGAAAUGCAGCAACUUAACAGGUCGACUAACAGCAAAAUGGCGUGGUUGAGCGUUUUGUCGUUUUUUAUUUGCUUGUCCGUGGCAGGAAUGCAGCUAUGGCAUUUGAAGUCAUUCUUCGAAAAGAAGAAGCUCAUUUAA